AAUUUAUAGUUAUAUCACAAGCUCACCAACUAAACAAAAAGUACUUUAAUGUUUAAUUGAGUUGUGAUACACACAAAUUAAUAGUAAUCUAAAUUAUAAACAUGAAAAAUUUAAUAUUGUUAACCAUCUUUUGGUUUGCUUCAAUCAACUGUCUUUAUGGUUAUAACGUUCCAGUUGGAGUCGGGCAAACAGAACAAUUUACCAGUAACAUUGGAGUUAAUGGUGGAAGCGGACAAUCAUCAGUAUCACAGUCGAGUUCAGUCAAUGUUGGACUCAAUGGAGGAAAAAGUGUUAUAACCGAAUCACGUUCAACAUCAGCAGCUAAUGGAGCUUUAACUUCAAGUAUGCUCAACGGACAAUCGUCUUUUGGUUCAUCACUUGGUAAUGGAGCCCUUGGUAAUGGAGCCCUUGGUAAUGGAGCCUCUAAUCAAGCUUCAUAUUUAAGUGUUUCCAGUUCUUCGAUGCCAAAUGGUUUAAAUAGCCAAGCCUCAUAUGAAGCUUCACAUAAAGCUAUUGGUAUUGACUCUGGCUUAGGAAACUCUGGCUCUAAGAUAAAGGCAACUUCUGUUUCAGUAACAGACUCAGGAUCUGGUCCAUUGAAUAACGUAGUUUCAUCAACAGUAUCUUCAACUAAAUCCCAAUCAACCUUCUCAAAUCCACUCAAUGGUAAUAAGAAUGAAUUGAAUAUUCAAACUGGAAUCGAUGUUGAUUAUGAUGAUGACUAUAAUAACGAUGACAACCAAAGCCUUCAAAGUUCUUCAUCAUCUAUGUAUAGACCACGAAGACCCUACGGAAGCAGAGGAUGUAAAGAUGAAGGUAUUGUUAUUUACAUUAAACCUGAGAGUCGAUGGGGUAGAAUCGGUAGAAAAUCAAUCGCUAACGCUAUGGCUUCAAGAAGACGAUACUCAACUGGCUCAACCGACUUUGAUUCCUAUGAUGAUAAUAGUGAUGAUAUAGACACCAGUGAUGAUGACGAAGAAGAAAAUGAAUACAGACAAUCUAGAAGACAAACGGUUCGAAAUGAUGUCACUCUUGGAUCUCGUUUCCAGAUCAACCCACGCAGGCGAGGUUCACUCAGUAGCCAGUCAAUUCAAUUGGAUGGUAAAAAUUUUGUAAACCAACGAUCAGUGAUGGACAAAAGCGAAUUCCUUGCAAGAAAUGAUGCUUAUCGUCGAACACAACAAGCCAGAGCCUUUGCCAGAUCAAGUCAAUAUGAUGGAACUGAUUCAAAUGUAGAAGAUGCAUCAUCAACAACUGGCGAAUUCAACCAAGUUAUCAACAAUAACAAAAAAUUGAGAUCAGCCAGUACACAAGUUAAUUCUCAACAUAAUCGUAGAACCAAUCUUAGCUACAAUUCAAACGAUGAGAAUUCAGAUGAUGUAACUAUGGAGGAUCAAACAUCAGUAACCGCAGGAUUGAACCAAAUUCGGAGCGAUAGAAGGACCAGAUCAGCAACAUUUAAUAAGCGUAUUGAUUCCCGUAAUAGUCAGAGAUUCGACCAGAAGCACAAUUUCAACAGUGAGAACAUGAACGAUGAGUACAACAUGAAUAUUGAUCAGUCAUCAGCUGUUAACAAUAAUGAGCGCCAAAUUAACCAGAUUAAUCGAUUAAAUCGAAACAGCCGGGUUAACCGUAGCAACCGAUACAAUCGUUUUAACCAAGUCAACAAUGUAAACUCAGUUAAUGAAAAUUAUGAUGUUAAUGAUAUUUCCAAUGUUGAAUCUGUUGAUAAUAACUACGAUGUCAGAAGAUCAACCAACUACCGAUCCAACAGAAACCAAGCCAAUAUUAAUCGAUCAACCUCUCACCGUCGACAAACUAACUUAAAUUCAAUCAACAACCAGUUCGAUACUCGAUCAAGCAUCGAUUCAAACAGUGUUAAUAAUAACCAAUACGAGGCUUCCCGAUCUUCCUUAUCAAAUGUUCAAUCAACCAACAACCAAAUUGGUAUUAAUCGAUCAGUUAAUUCUCAGUCCAACCUCAACUACAACAACCUCAACCAAUAUGGCGUUUCUCAGUCAUCCAACAUCAACUCAAUUGACAACAAACAAGUGGACAUUAACCAAUCAUCACAGACAAACUCAGUCCGAAACCAAGCAGAAAUCAACCGAUCAAACAGCGUUUCAACCAAUAAUCAGAUGAACACCGAUCUAUCAACAAACAUUCAAUCGCAAAAAAACUUCAGUAACAACCAAUAUGGGGUUUCUCGAUCAUCAAACAUUAACUCAAUCAACAGCCAAGCCGACAUCAGUCAAUCAGCAAACAUGAAUUCAGCUAUGAGCCAAGUAGAUAUUAACCGAGCCAACACCCAAUCAACCAAUAAUCGAAUGAACAUCAACCACUCAAAGAACAUUCAAUCGGAACAAAACUUCAUUAACAACCAAUAUGAUGUUUCUCGAAACACAGCCAGCAACCAAGUAAACAGCUACAAGAACAACAACUUCAACAAUAACCAAUAUGGUGUUUCUCAAUCCUCAAACAUCAAUUCAGUCAACAAACAAGUAGACAUCAACAGAUCCGCAAGCACUAACUCAGUUAAUAAUCUGGUCGAUAUCAACAGAUCAACAAACAUCCAAUCUCAGAACAACUUCAACAAUAACCAAUAUGAUGUCUCGCGAUCAUCAAACAUUCAAUCAAACACUAAUUUGAUCAAUAACCAAGUAGACAUCAACCGAUCUUCAAACGUCAAUUCAGUAAACAAGCAAGUCGACAUCAACAGAUCCACCAACACUAACUCAGUCAAUAACCAAGUAGAUAUCAACAGAUCCACAAACUUACAGUCAGUUAACAACUUCAACAAUAAUCAAUAUGAUAUUAACCGAUCAUCAAACAUUCAGUCAAACACCAACUUAGUCAAUAACCAAGUAGAUAUUAACCGAUCAUCAAACAUCAAUUCGGUCAAUAAACAAGUGGACAUCAAUCGAUCCUCAAACACCAACUUAGUCAACAAUCAGGUCGAUAUCAACAGAUCAACAAAUUUGCAAUCGAAUACCAACUUGAUCAAUAACCAGGUAGACAUCAACCGAUCUUCAAACGUCAAUUCAGUCAACAAGCAAGUCGACAUCAACAGAUCCAUCAACACUAACUCAGUCAACAACCAGGUCGAUAUCAACAGAUCAACAAAUUUGCAAUCAGUUAACAGCUUCAACAAUAACCAAUAUGAUGUUUCACGAUCAUCUAAUAUCAACUCAGUCAACAAGCAAGUGGACAUCAAUCGAUCCUCAAACACCAACCUAGUCAAUAACCAAGUAGACAUCAACCGAUCAUCAAACAUCAAUUCAGUCAACAAGCAAGUAGACAUCAACAGAUCUGCCAGUACUAACUCAGUCAAGAAUCAAGUCGAUAUCAACAGAUCAACAAACGUACAAUCACUUAACAACUUCAACAAUAACCAAUAUGAUGUCUCGCGAUCAUCAAACAUCCAAUCAAAUACAAACUUGAUCAACAACCAAGUAGACAUCAACCGAUCUUCAAACGUCAAUUCAGUCAACAAACAAGUAGAUAUUAACCGAUCAUCAAACAUCAAUUCGGUCAAUAAACAAGUGGACAUCAAUCGAUCCUCAAACACCAACUUGAUUAAUAACCAAGUAGACAUUAAUCGAUCUUCAAGCACCAACUUAGUCAACAAUCAAGUAGAUAUUAACCGAUCAACAAAUUUGCAAUCGAAUACCAACUUGAUCAAUAACCAGGUAGACAUCAACCGAUCUUCAAACGUCAAUUCAGUCAACAAACAAGUGGAUAUUAAUCGAUCAACAAACAUGGCUGCGACCACUAAUAAUAACAUGUUCUCAUCAAUGAAUAACAAUUAUGAUUCUUCUGUUUCACGCAAUGCCCAAAGCUCAUCCUUACUUGACAAGUCAUCGUCAAUAAAUAGCCAAAAUUCCCGUCAAACUGUUGGCUCAACUUACAAUAAUCAAAAUCAAUUCAGCUCAUCAGUUAAUAACGCUUUUGAUUCUCGUAACCACCAAUCAUCUGUUGCCCAGCAAAACAGCGUCAAUAUGCAGAAAAAUGCAGUAAACAUGGAACAAUCAUCAUCUAUCAGUGGAACCUCUGUUAACGAUCAAAACAUUUCUAAAUCAAUCAGUCGGUCAUCAACAGUCAAUAAUAAUAAUGCUCACUACAAUUCCCAAAAUUUACAAUCAAACGCCCAAUUUGUUUCAAGAGACUCUCAAAACUCAUUGACUUCCAACAGAGUAACCUCAUCAAAUGCUCUGACAAACUCUCAAAAUUCAAUCAAUUCCCAAUCAAACCGAGCUUUAAAUUCAAAUAGCUUAAGUCGAUCUUCAACCUCAGUGAAUGAUCAAUCAACUUUACAAAAUGUUCACAAUUCCCUUUCAAAUGGUUUCAAUUCAAAUAGCCUCAGUUCAUCAACAAUGAAUAAUGCAUACAAUUCAAAUUUGGUUGAUCAAUCGUCAAACAUUCAAAACUCAUUGACUUCCCAAAACUCUGUUAACAAUGCCUUCAAUUCAAACAGAGUCAGCCAAUCAACUGAUAUUAGAAAUUCUGUCAACAAUCAACAAUCUUCCACCAACUCAUUUAGAUCAUCAACUGACUCACAAAAUUCAAACAGCUUAAAGUCAAACAUCCACAGAUCUUCAGAUAUGCGAUCAAACCAAAACUCAGCUUUAAUGUCAUCAAGUCAAAAGUCAAUGUAUGAUUCCAGUAAAACCUCAGCUAAAUCAAACUUUGCCUCUUCAUCAUCAUCUAACUCCAAUUCAAUGAACCAAAUGAGAGGACAAAGUUUAACCUCUAAUGGAGGCAGUUCAACAUCAUCCUCAACCAACGGUAUGUCAACCGGUUCAGGAAACUCAGGAAACUCAGGUGGUCUUGUUGGAACCGUAUUGAAUACAGCAACAAGCCUUUUAGGAGGCUCAGGCUCAGGAUCAGCUAGUGGCGGCAAUGGCGGUGGAUUACUCGGUGGUGUUAUCAAUACUGCAACCAGCCUUCUUGGCGGUGGCUCUGGAUCAUCUUCACAAAGCUCAACCGGUUCAAGUGGAGGUCUUCUUGGUAGCUUACUAGGAGGUGGUUCAUCUUCAUCCAGCUCUGGAUCAUCAGGUGGUCUCCUUGGUCUAGGUGGAUCUUCAUCAAGCUCAAGUUCAGGAUCAUCAUCUUCUUCAAGCUCCUCAGGAAGUGGUGGUCUUCUCGGUGGACUUCUUGGUUAAUCAAGUUAACCCCUAGAUUCGAUAAAAAUAACAAUCCAAUUUCCCUUUCCUUUGUACUAAGCUUUAAACAAUAAACAUGAAUACAAGCAAUUACCAGUAA